CCGAGAUGGCGAAAACCCAAAGGUUUGGGGUGUUUUUAAUAUACCUUAACGGAUUGGGGUGUUCCUUUGCUUCUCCCCCGUGCACGCAUGCCCUCGCCAGUACGGGGUUUAGUCAUGAAACUCGGCUUCCGUUUUCCCUGCACAGCUACUGUCGGGGGAGGCUUUGGGGAAAGUGCAUGUGAUGGUCCUGGAAACACCAUAAAUCUUUCAGCAGUCCUGUAAGGCAGCGCUUAAAACGACAGCGGUUGGUAGUAGUAAUCCUUCAGGGCUGGUGAAAUAGCGGCUGCUUUGUGCUUAGCAGGCUUGGCCUGGGCAAAGUGCUUGGUGUGCUGUGAUGUACAGAUUUAUAAAGAAAAAAAAAAUAAAAAUUUAUCAGCUGGAUCAGUGCGCUUUGGCUUUCUGAAGCGUGUGGAUUCCUUAACGUGUGUCUCUAUCUCUUGGACAUGCAGAAGGUUUUUAGGGGUCCUUGUGGAGCUGAGGCUGGGAUUUCUGCACCGGUCAUCAGCUGCUGGGAGUCCUGCAAGUCCUUCAGUACAGCCCUAACACAUAAGGACUGAAUGCAGAUUGAUUUCGGUCCUGAUGUAACAAAAUCUUCAGCGUCUGCUUCUUGCAUGAAAUCAAGAACGUCGCCUAGCCUUUGGCCAGCUUCUGAAAACCUUAGUUCUCUGUCUUCGUUUUCUUAAGCUGUAACAUAAUAAGCCAUAUGAUGGCUUCUCAAAAUACUUCUUGUUUUGCAUACUUUCCCCACAGCAGUAUCUUUGAUAGCAACUGGAGGAGAUACCAGCUGUUGAUUUCUUUAUUCCGUAUGUUCUUGUCCUCUCUGGAUGAGAUCAUUGCUAAUGUUUAAGGGGUACAGGAGAAAUAACUCGUACACAAUGUCUUGAGAAGUUAUGUGUUACCCAUGUUAGUCCUGGCUGACUGCUUUAAAUGAUGGUACAGCUUCCUGAUUUGGAAGGUACUGUGAGACCGUCUUGUAUAAUGUUUACGUAAAGGUAAUGUGCUUCCUUGUUUAGGGAGAAAAAAGUAUAAAGCUAAUCUGGAGAACAAAUGCAGAAUUUCUGAGGAAAAAAACAUGGGCAUGCCCAAAAGUAUUCAGUGUUAACAGUUUAAAAGAGUGUAAAGAUUUGGAAUUCUUGUUGAAACUUUCUUCUUUCUCUCUCUCCCUUCCCUAGGAGCCAAAAAUGGUUCUUAAAAAAAAAAGUUUUACUUCUUGUUUCAGCAAUUAAUGUGAAUAUGCGCUUGGCAGAGACUUAGAGGACCAUUCGGUCUUAUUUCGACCACCUUGUUGGUCAUCUGCUUUUGCUUUCCUGUGAGAACAUGAAGUAGAUAUAACUAGGUUUCAGUUAGUUAUAUACAUCUUUGUGGAUUGAACUAGGGCCACUUGCUAUCUGAACAAAUACAAAGUCGGUUUAGUCUUGUGUGAAUCUCUGGUUUAUGGCUCAAAAUUGCACCAUGUCUUUGCUUGACUUGUAGGGGUAAGCAAAAAGUCACUCAGUGUUCCUGCUGCUAGGAACGAAGAUCAAACUUUUGUCUAGGCUAUUUUUGCUACUCAUGCUACAUUUCAAACUUCAGGUCCCCAGAAUGUCUCAAAAUGUGUUGUUGCUCAGUUUUUGAGGUUAAACUGGUGACGUGAGAAUGACUGUUUCAUGUGUACCAAAUUCAUCUAAUUGAAGCGGGUUCUCUUGGUUGAGAACAUAGUGUAAUUUCUCCACAAAACCCCAGAAUCACACUGAAUUAGUGAAGUGUCGUCUGCUCUGGUACAUCAAAGCAGAUUAGUGCCUAAUUCGUAAGAGAAAGUGUGGGCUUUUGUACUAAUCUUGUUGAGUUUCCUGUAGAGCAGCUAAUGUGUUUUGCAGUCGAUUGUGAAGAAAUGUUUGUGCAAGGUCAAAGGAUGGUCUCUCCUAGUUUCUUGUUUGAUGCUGGUCAAAAGUUCCUGCCUAGGGAAUGCUGUAGUAUGAGUUUUCUUGGAGGCUUUUUCGGUCCUGGUUGUGAGAUUGAUGUUAUUCUUAGUGAUGCUGAAACACGAAAAACAGCAGAAAUCAAAACAGAAGAUGGUAAAGUAGAAAAGCAUUUUCUCUUCUAUGAUGGAGAAUCUGUUUCAGGAAAGGUGAACAUCUCCUUUAAGCAGCAUGGGAAGAGACUAGAGCACCAAGGAAUCAGAAUUGAAUUUGUAGGACAAAUUGAGCUCUUCAAUGACAAAAGCAAUACUCAUGAAUUUGUAAACUUAGUGAAAGAACUGGCCUUACCUGGAGAACUGACCCAAAACAGAAGCUAUGACUUUGAAUUCAUGCAGGUUGAGAAGCCAUAUGAAUCCUACAUUGGUGCCAAUGUCAGACUGAGGUAUUUUCUGAAAGUGACAAUAGUGAGACGGCUGUCAGACCUGGUGAAAGAAUAUGACCUGAUUGUUCACCAGCUUGCUACGUACCCAGAUGUAAACAACUCCAUUAAAAUGGAAGUAGGCAUUGAAGACUGUCUUCAUAUAGAGUUUGAAUACAAUAAGUCAAAGUAUCACUUAAAGGAUGUGAUUGUUGGAAAAAUUUAUUUCCUCUUAGUGAGAAUAAAAAUUCAGCACAUGGAGUUGCAGCUGAUCAAAAAGGAAAUUACUGGAAUUGGACCCAGUACCACAACGGAGACUGAAACCAUCGCAAAGUAUGAAAUAAUGGAUGGCGCACCGGUUAAAGGUGAAUCGAUUCCUAUAAGACUGUUCUUAGCAGGCUAUGACCCAACUCCAGCAAUGAGGGAUGUGAACAAAAAAUUUUCAGUGAGGUACUUCUUAAAUCUAGUGCUUGUGGAUGAAGAAGACAGACGAUACUUUAAACAACAGGAAAUAAUUUUAUGGAGAAAAGCUCCUGAGAAGCUGAGGAAACAACGAACAAACUUUCACCAGCGAUUUGAAUCUCCAGAAUCACAAGCAUCUGCUGAGCAACCCGAAAUGUGAACUGGUAUAAGGUGAAAAACUUUGUGAUGCUUCAGCAGGUUAAAGAUGGCAGCAGCCUGUGGGAAAAGAAGGCCAAAAUUCCCAUUACAACUGUCUUCCUUCAUCUUGCAGUGCUGCAUUUACCAUACUACUAAAGCGUUCUUCAGUUAAACAUUCAAGUAUGUAUAUACAUUUAAAAUAAAGUGCUUUCUCAAACACUGGAACUUUCUUAAGCUACUAUUUUAUACUGCACAUUUACUUUUAUUUGAUAAUGUUAUACGCACUUGGAUAUACAUAAGCUUAAAUCUAGUUAUUUCCAUGCAUGGUAGGCUGGCGUAUUUGAUUUUUGCUGAUCACCUAUACAGUGUAGACUAAAGCAUUUCCCUUCUCUCAUGUUGUUUAUUGCAUGUUUCUUUCCAAUGUUGCUUAUUUGCUUUGUUUUGUUUUGAAACUACAGUAAGACACAGUUGACUAAAUCACACUAAAAAUCGAGGCUUACGGUGGAUUUGUCCUAAGACUUCUAAUUGCUGUGUUAGACAGGGUUUAACUGAAACUGCAUGUAUAUGCACUGUGACUGUGGUAACUGUGGAGCCUUCAGACACCUUACCAGGGUUUCUAAAAAGCUUUGAAUCUGUCAGGAGCAAAGAAUGUCAGGAAGCAUCUUUGCCCUCCCUCCCCCAAUUCUUUCUCUACCGUACUUCUCUGAGCUUUUCAUGUGAGUCACUCCUGACUUUUUGGGGGUUUGUUGCCCAGUAACUAGUGACUGUAGAGACGUUGUCGUGAUUUUACCUUCCGGUGGUGAAGCGGGUAAAGCAUUUGAACGUAAUUAUCUCUUGUUGAUGAAAUAAAUGCUGGUAACAUUGAUUAUUUUGCAAAUAUGUGAAACUAUGUGGUUCCUCCUGGCUUCAUGCUUCCACUGUCUUCACAGUCUGUCUCCUCGCUGCCCUGAUGGGAGAGGGCAAAUGUCCUCAACGGACGUCCUCCUCCUCGUCCCUCUGGGCCUGUCACGAGGGCAAACAAGCUUUUUGUGGUCUUCUGGAAAGGUAUCUUGAAGUCAGGCAAGCCUUGAAAUUGCUAGAAGCUUGCCUGGCACAGCAGAUCGGUUGUCUUAAUCAUCUCAUAUGCAUUUAGCAUUUGAAGAAAUAGCUUACAGGAGUUAGCCUUCAUCUGUUCACAGCGGAGCAUGUCGUCUGUUAUCAGAUGUGUGGCUUGGGCAUAAAGCAAAGCCUGCUGUGCGGAAGGCUGCUCGUGCUUGUAGUUCACUUGGCCUUGAAACCAAGACUUCUCGACUCCGGUGCAAGCGUCACUGGUAACCUUACUUUAUGAGUAAGUAAAUAAUGGAAUUACAUUUCUGUAAGAACUGUUUUAUUACUGUGGCACUUUGAUAAAGCAAAGACUCUGUGUACUUUACGCUAGGAUACUUCUAACGCGGAUAUCUUUGAAUUGAGAGCAAAUUUAACUCCCUCAUGUAAGUGCCUGUUCAGAAACUUAACGAAUAAAGUAAAAAGCCAAAUAUUUUCGUGGUCACUUGCAUGUUGUAAUCUGGAAAUGAUUCCAUAAGAUUUUGAAACCUUGAUUGUAUUUAACCAGCCUCAGAUUGUGCAACCUGUGUAACAAACGGGAACCGUACUGAGCUGCUCUUUGAAUUAAAAACAGCUGUAUUCUCACUAA